GCACCAGAUUAAGAGGAUGAAAUGUUCGAAUAGGGAGUUGAAAGAGUGAAAGAAGUUGUAGAUGGAGUCAGUAUGUUCAGGUAUAAAUCAAUCGACUAAACUUUCAUGAUUUUAUUUUAAUUUUAGGAUUAUACAUGAAUAAGAAUACUAAAUAAUGCAAGAAUGAUUGAAUUCCAGCAGGAUGAAUGUGAACUGAAAAUAACAACAUACUUUCUUUUGGCUACAAAUAUGAAAAAAAAAUGUUAUCUUUUUCAUAUAUAGUUACAUAAUAUUUACCUGUAAACUACUUAUACAAGUGCAUCCAUGAGAUGUUUCCUUAAAGGGGCAACCAAUAGCCCCUUUUUACAAUUUUCUAGCACUUCUGAAGACACAAAUGACAAUGGUGAUGGUGGAGGCAUACCGGUCUUUACAUUUUACCCUAUAUCUACUUUUGAGAAAUUAGCUCCGGAGAUGGUUGAGAUGCUUAAGUUGGAACUAUAUUUGAAGCGAUUACUUGUGAUAGAGUUUCUUUCACUUAGAAGCAAAGAAGAUCAGAUUAAUAAAAGACUAUGUUGGUCAGAUGAAAUAUAUGAAGGAGAAUUUGGUAAUUUAAGUAGCUGCAACUUGGAUCAUAGAGAAGCUCCAGAUUCAAUUUUUUUACAACCCAAUUUCCAACCAGAUUCUGAUAUCUUAUAG